AUGUUCUCCGUAAAGGCGAAAGUAACGUUUAAAAUAACAUUGACAUCCGAUCCGAAAUUGCCUUAUAAAGUAUUAAACGUACCUGAAAAUACUCCAUUUACUGCAGUAUUGAAAUUUGCAGCGGAAGAAUUUAAAGUUCCACCAGCAACUUCGGCUAUAAUCACAGAUGAUGGUAUUGGGAUUAAUCCUCAACAAACUGCAGGAAACGUUUUUCUUAAACAUGGAUCAGAAUUGAGGUUAAUACCCAGAGAUAGAGUAGGAAAUAAUAAAUUAAUUAAAAGCUGA